UACACGGGCUACUACAGGUAACAUGAUAACGUCACUCGGGAGGCGCGAGACACACAUUCUAACCGACGCGACCGAAGUGCGCUGCGAUGCUGUCUCACGUGCGUGGAUACCAGCACUUGUUGCUGCUCUGCAUUCUGCUGAAGAAGAACUGUCACGCGGUCAAGAACGACGCAACGGAGAUGUUAAACGGCCACAUCUUCCCGCCGGUGCAGGAGACACCGACUAACGUGUCUCUGAACAGAGCGGGAAACGGCGGCAGGAGCUUGGACACAACUACUAAACUUGAUCAGAGCCAGGUUGGGUGUCGAGAGCUGCGCUCCACCAAGUACAUCUCUGACGGCCAGUGCACGAGCCUGAGCCCGGUGAAGGAGCUGGUGUGUGCGGGCGAGUGCCUGCCCUCUCACCUGCUCCCCAACUGGAUCGGCGCCAGCGUCGGCGGCCGCUACUGGACCCGGCGCGACGCCCAGGAGUGGCGCUGCGUGACGGACCGCACCAGGACCCAGCGGAUCCGCCUCCAGUGUGUGGACGGCAGCUCCCGCACCUACAAGAUCCAGGCCGUGACCUCCUGUAAGUGCAAGCGCUACUCCCGGCAGCACAACGCCUCCGUGCAGCAGCACACGGACAGCGCCGGCGCCGGACCGGGACCGGCCCAGACUCCCGCCGGGCCCAAGAAGAAGAGGGGGAAGAGUCCGCGCCGGCCCGCUCAGGAGGCUCAGGACGCGGCCCACACCAAACACUGAGUCC